CAUCAGCAACCCACCACCAUGAAGCUCACUUGCACACAAGUUUGAUAACAGGCAAACGAAACUUGCAAAUCCGCUGGGUCUGGCCCGUUGAUUCUGUAGUAGAGAUGCAUGUCUGUAGAGAAGUUACUUAUAUGCCUAUGGUCUGACCUAAGUAACUUCACGUGCACUUAGAAUGCAGUUAAGUAAAAAACUACAGUAGGCUGUAACGUAAACCUAACCUUGAAUCAAAAUCUGUAAUGUUACUCUAGCUCUUACCUAGCUGCUACAGUCUGGCUCUUACUCUAAUCUUUACGGUUGAUGUUAGAAGAAUAGAAGGGCUGUGGAGAUUCGUUUUAACCUACUAACGCUUGAUAGUUCGCUUUGGGCUAACGCUAGCUGUCAGUAAAUGUAUAUUUAGGCUAUAGUCACACAUGGAUGUGAAUCAUGCACGCUUCUAGACCAUGUACCCGAAAUGUACGCGUUAACGUAAAGCCUGUCUGUCCUAUUCGGAGCAACCAGCCACGCAAUACUUCAUCGCGUAAAUUUAAGUAUAGGGUUGGAUACUCUUGGAAUAGAGGAGGAAGACUGAAAGAGCUGCGAAUAAGGUGGGCAGACAGUGAAUUAAAUGCAUUCCUCUUUCUGUUCAGUUGGUCCCUAACAAGUUAUGUAACUUAUUUUCUGACAGACACCUGGCAAGGAAAUUCUUCUUUAUAUGGAUGGGAAAAACUUUCGGAAGAGUAUCUCCAUCUAAAGCUAGAUCUCAUCACCGGAGAGUGGUCCUUGGCAGGGCCUUGGAGCAAUGGAGGGAUGUUUGGUGGUACAGCAGAAAAGAGUGGAGCCUAGCAAUACGAGCAGACUGUCAUUACAGAUAUUAUCUGUUCCACAAAGUGUUCCCUGCGUGGAGAAGCUUUACCUUCUUGCAGAGACAGAAGAAAACAAAAUGCCAUAUAGCUGCAACCUUUGCUCACAAACAUAGGCUGCGUCUUGUGUGGGACUGCUGGGAGAUGUACAUAGAGAGGCGUCACAUGACGCAGCAGAUGCAGCAGACUGCGUUGCAGCACAGUAACAUCUUCUGUGUGAGGCGGAUGUGGGCAGCAUGGAGAUGUGCUCUUCAACGCCGACAUUCUGAGCAGCAGCAGAAGGAGGAGGCUCUUCGACACUGGGCCUACUCUCUACAGUGCAGAGCGUGGCUGCAGUGGAGUGAGCGGUGCCUCCAGGCCCAGGUGCGGAGGGAGCAGGAGGCCAGGGCUCGGCUGCAUGCCUGUAGGAGUCUGUGCAGGAAAGCCAUAAGCCGCUGGCAAAUGUACACCCAGCACUGCCAAGCCACACGGCUGCCCAAGGCUGAAGCUGACGGUGCAUGGCGCCGUACUUUGGCCUGGCGCUACUGGAGUAGGUGGCUCCGAGAGUGGCAAAGCAAGCGGACUGAGAGGGAGCUGCAUCUGGCACUCAAACAGCGGGCACAGCUUGGCAUCCAGCGCUGGGCUCUUGGGCAGUGGAGACAUUGCAUCAGAAUUCAAGCAGAGGAAGCUGAGAGGUGGAAGUCUGCUACUCAAUAUCACCAGCGCCAUCUUCUGAGAGGUGCCAUGGAAGGCCUGUCCAUGAACGUUUCACAGUGUAAAACCUACCGCCUCAACAAUCACUUGGCCCUCCAGCACCACAAUCAGACUGUUAUAUGCAGGUCUUGGGUACUGUGGCAGCAACGUGUCGAGCAGUUGGAGGACAGCCAGCUCCAACCUCAGAUUGACAUAGCCCGUCAUUACCACAGCAUCGUCGUACUAAGGCAACACUUGGAUCUAUGGAGAGAACGCCUCAAGGAAUGCAUGAAUAGAAAGGCUCUGGAUCGGCAGGCUGAUGCUUGGUGUGCCAAGCGUAUCCUUCCUCAUUGCUUUGAUGCCUGGGUAGAGUUCACCGCGCACAGGAGGACAUACACAGAGAGAAGAAAGGAAGCUCAACUGUUUGACCAGCAGCGUGUUUGCUCAUGGGCAUUCUACACAUGGUGGACUCAUUCGGAGGAGCAGAAGGAGAACAGACUGGCAGAAAGAACGGCCGUGCUGCAUGAAGAGCACACGUGUGUGAGGCGUGGGUGGCAGCGCUGGCGUGAAGCUGCUGGCACGCAGGCGCAGGAGCGGGCGAGAGGCACAGCUGCUGACCGGUUGCACAGUCACACACUGCUGCGCAGCGCCAUCGGCCUGUGGAGGGAAAGGACCCAGCACGUCCAGACCAGUCUACAACAAGAAGAGCUUGCUAGUCGUCAUGGUGACCUUCAUCUUGUCCGGCGAGCCUGGAACUGCUGGUGUAAGUUUGUGGAAAGGAGAAGGGAGAAGAAUCAGAAACUGGGACAGAUUGAGCAACAUCACGACCACAGGGUCCUCACUAAGUCACUACAGGCCUGGAAGGAUCACCACCUUCAGACUCAGCAGGUGUACAGUCGUGCUGAGGAGUCCUAUCGGUUCCAACAGACAAAACAGCUAAGGAGAUGUUUGCUUCUCUGGAGAAGAAACGCUGCCCUGCAGGCUGAGGAGAGAAGUGUGGAGGGGAAAGCAGCGCUUCACCACCGACGCCACCUCAUGGCAAAGGUGGUGUUGGCAUGGCGACAUAUCACUGUUGAGAGGAAGGCACGUCACACACAUUUUGGAAUGGUGCUGACAGAGGCUCAAACUGCACUGAACAAAGGGCGCUUGCGAGUGGCCCUGCUGCGAUGGAGAGAGCGAAGCAGGGAGGUGCGGCUAGAGAGAGCCAACAUGGAGAAGGCCAGCCACCUCCACGGCCAAACGCUGCGACGGAAAUGCCUCUGCUCAUGGAACAUACUGCACCAACAGCAGAAUCUAGGAAAGGUGAUGAAAGAGAAGGGCAUCUGUCUAUUGAGGCAAAGGAACAGUCGUGUAUUUUUCACCCGCUGGAAAAACGCACUGGAGAACAGCCGGACAGAGGCGGAAUUGACAGAGAAGGCUCUCUGGCACUGGUCCUUGAACUUGCAGGCCAAGGUGCUGGAUGCCUGGCGGGAGUGGGCAUCAGACAGACGGAGGAAGCAGCAGCGUCUGGCUGCAGCCUCCCAAGUCUUCCGGGGGGUUCUGCUGAAGGAAGGCAUCACUCACAUCCUCACCUACGCGGAGCACAUGGACCGCUUCUCCGCCAGCCUCGCACAGCAAAGCCAGGAGCAGAGUUCCCGCCGUGUCCAGGCUGUGGUGAGGAGAUGUGCCCUUCGCUGGAAGCACCGAGCACUCUCCGGCCAAGAGCAAACGGACAUCGAUAAAUCAACAAAGCCUAAGAAGAGUGUGAGCUUCAGCCUCCCAGGGGUGGCGUCUGUUGAAACGAGCAGGUCCUCUGCCCAAAGUGCUGUCCAGAGCCCAACCUGUAUGGGUGGCCAGAGGGUCACUGCAACACCAAUGCUGGGAGAUUCAGUCACUGAACAGCUUUUGUUUUUAAGAUCCUCUAGGACUCCACCACGGACACCAAGCUUUCUUCUUGAUCAGCAUGGCGAAGAGCAGAAAGGCCAUAAUCCACAGGACAGCAAUCAGAGGCCCCUCUGUUCUGCUGAGCCGACUUCACUUCGCCACGCUGAUGAAGCUCAGCAGCAUACACCCUCAACACUAGUCCCCUACACUCAUAUGCGAACUAUGCCAACCUCCGUGCCAACAAUGUCCAGCGUUGCUCGUGUUGUUCCGGGCUCUGUGCCCUUGACUCUUGAUGGUAUGCCGGUCGGGUCCAACUCCGUCCCUGUUCCGCACUGCGCCCUGCCAGUCCCUGUGAGAUCUUCCUCUGGAGUCUCGUUGUCCUACCUCCCUCUGUCUGCGGCUCCUGUGGCCAGUGCCUUCCAGGAAUCAGCUGCUCAGCCAAAAGCAGAUGCCAGCAGUGACGUGCUGCUGCCUCCAUCUAUGUUUAUGGGUCCCCACGCACAUGCCAUGGAGAAGGACUUCAGGCUGAGACUGAGGGAACCUCACGUGCACUUAAACAAACACCCAUCUCCUCCAGGUGUGUGUCAGGAUGGAACCGAGCAGGAGGAAGAAGAUGACCAGCAGCGGAGGCGAGAGGAGAAGGCUCUCCAGACCGCGGCCCUGACACGAGAGCUCAUUAGCAUCCAGCUGGACAUGCAGCGCUACCAGCGCGACAGGAAACAGCUCCAGGCUUGGCGGAAGCAGGAGCAGGUGCUCAGGAGCUGGUUGGAGACAACAGGAAGCGAAGUGGAGGCUUCAGAGACCCUCAGUGUCCAGCAAGAGCUGAAGGAGCUGGAGAUGAACAUGGAGCAUGUGUCUGACCAUCUGGCCGAGCAGAAACCAGCCAUGGUGCGCCACGCAGCCCGCAUCCAGAGCAUUGAGGGCCUCCUCAAGCGUGUCACCCUGGAAACAUGACCUUUGACUUGGUAGCCUGUAGCAGGCUCACCUGUGACCUCAUCUCCUGACCUGUGAUCUCAUCACCUGUCCAGCUGAAACUGGAACUAUUAGAUAAAUGACAGCUGUUGAAUAUGCAUAAAAGUACAAGACAGGUAUACAGGAAACAGUGAUGUUAGCCACCAAAAGCAGGAUGAUGUUGUGGAGAUGUUAACUUUGAGGAAACAUGCUUGGCCGUGAAAGCAUUCUGUGGGAACAACCAUUCCUUAAAUUAUUAUGAAAAUGGACAAAAUGACAUGGAAGUGCCUUAGUUUAAUGUCUUUGUUUUGAUACUUGUUUAUGUAAGGCAUUAUAUCAUUGCAACAUUGCGCCAAUCAUUCAGAAAUAAAAUG